AUGAGUUCUGGUUCCUUUAAGCAGGCAGCCGAGGCCGCACGAACUCGCACCUCCGAAGUCAUGAAAGGAGACUCAGUCGCCGUCGCUAAUGACUUCCUCCACACCCCGUUCAUGAGGGCGGCUCUGCCUUUCAUCAACGGCGGUCUCAGUGGCAUGGUCGCCACAUCGGUCAUCCAGCCCGUCGACAUGGUCAAGGUCCGCAUCCAGCUUGCCGGCGAAGGUGUUGCUGGAGGACCCAAGCCCACGCCCUUGUCUGUCACGAGGGAGAUCAUUGCCAGCGGAAAGGCCCUCGACCUCUAUACCGGACUGUCCGCCGGCCUCUUGCGUCAAGCCGUCUACACAACGGCCCGUCUGGGUUUCUUCGACACCUUCAUGGGCAAGCUCGGCCAACGCGCCAAGGACCAGGGCAAGACUAUUGGCUUCAAGGAACGCGCGACCGCCGGCCUCGCCGCCGGAGGUCUGGCUGCCAUGAUCGGCAACCCUGCCGACCUGGCGCUCAUCCGCAUGCAGAGUGAUGGGCUGAAGCCCCUGGCCGAACGCAAGAACUACAAGAGCGUCAUCGACGCCCUCUCGGGCAUCGCAAAGUCGGAAGGCGUUGGUGCCCUCUGGGCCGGUGCCGCCCCCACGGUCGUCCGUGCCAUGGCCCUCAACUUUGGUCAGCUUGCCUUCUUCAGCGAGGCCAAGUCGCAGCUCAAGCAGAACACACAAUGGUCCUCUCAGGCCCAGACCCUUACCGCCAGCGCCAUUGCCGGGUUCUUCGCCAGCUUCUUCUCCCUGCCCUUCGACUUCGUCAAGACUCGCUUGCAGAAGCAGUCCAAGGGCCCCGAUGGAAAGCUGCCCUACAAGUCCAUGGUCGACUGCUUCGCAAAGGUAGCCAAGCAGGAGGGCGUGAUGCGCUUCUACCGCGGUUUCGGCACAUAUUACGUCCGCAUUGCCCCCCAUGCAAUGGUAACGCUCAUUGUAGCCGACUACCUUGGCUUCCUCACCAAAUAG